AAAAGGUACGGUGGUUUGAGGGUUAAAGUGUAACCACACAGCAAACAGCAUGUGACAGAGCUUGAUGAGGUGACCGAGUUUUCUGAUGCAAAGUCCAGACCUGCCCAUAACUGAUCACUGAGUCAUCAUGGCAUCGGUGAUCAUUUUCCACCUGUUCCUUCUAACAGUCGGUGGCCUGGCGUUUCCUAUCGAGGAAGAUGGGCCGACUGUUCACACGCAGUACGGCGAUGUGAGAGGGAUGUACGUGGAGGAUCUAGAAGGGGUUAUCUUCUUCGGACUUCCUUUCGGGGAGCCGCCCGUGGGAGAGUUCCGCUGGAAGCCUCCACGACAGUACAGCAGGUCCUGGGCGCCCAAAGUUCGAGACGGUACCGUACCGGGCCCUGGCUGCUACCAAAGCAGAUGCGGACCGAAUGACGAUGACUCCACUUUCGAAUGUCCCCGCGAUAGAAAAGUCAGUGAAGACUGUCUCUAUCUCAACAUCUUUGCCCCGCGGACGAUCCUUAACUCUACUGCUGCUAAGCUACCGAUUUUGUUCUGGAUUCACGGCGGAGAGAACGAACAGGGCAGCGGUUCUGCCUACCUUUACGACGGACGGUUUCUAGCUAACAAGACCAACACCAUCGUGGUAACCACCAACUACAGACUAGCUGCGUUUGGCUAUCUUGUCGCUGGUCAAGGAGAGGACGCGGCCACGGGCAACUACGGCCUUCUUGACCAAGCCGCAGCUUUACGGUGGGUCAAGGAAAACAUCGGAAGCUUCGGCGGAGACAAAAACCGCGUGACCGUUUUCGGACAGAGCACGGGGUCAGAUGCGACGUCCACGCUUCUUAUCAACCCAAAGUUUGCCGACUUGUUCCAACAGGCCAUCAUGCUGAGCGUGCCUCUUACCAUUCCUCACAAAAGUCGCUGGGAGGCGCUUCGCCUCGGUGAUCACCUUGCCGAUGAACUGGGCUGUCCGAACGGGGACAUGAAGUGUCUUCGCUCCAAGAACUCGAGCGCUCUUCAGGCGGGGCUAGAUAGUAUGGGGACGUUCUUUUCCAACCCUUACCGUCCGCUAGAGGUGUCAGUAAAGUGGGGACCAAUUGUUGACGGUGACAUCGUACCGGGUCCUACAGUGGACAGUUUUGCCAAGGGACACUUUCAGUCAAAACCGUUCAUCAUAGGAACUACCACGGAGGAAGCCGUGCUAUACAUCUACAGUCUUUACAACAAGCCGGUGGCGUCUAAGGUUACGUUGUACGCCAUUUACGCUGCAUUUGUGCAUCUUAAGGCAGCAGAAGUCGCUAAAGAAUACCCCACAGAAACGAACACGUCAGACUACCGUCCCCUGCUGUCCAAGGGUGUCACUGAUUGGGUCUUCACGUGUCCGACUCGAAACGUCAUUCGGAGCGCCGUGAGAAAGGGGAACACCAACGUGUGGCUGUAUGUGUUCGACCACGUCUGGUCCUUCCCACACUUGUGGGACUACCAGAAGAACUGUAACGGCCACGUGUGCCACGCGGAGGACUUACCCUUCGUGUUUCAGACCACACGGCUUCCGGUGACCAACAUGACCAUGACCGCUGAGGAACAGAAAAUGGCGGACGCCAUUGCUUACUACUACGGCAACUUUGCCCACACCGGGGACCCUAACCAACCUAGCCGAGACGCAGCCGAAACUACCGGGAUGACAAUGUCAUGGACCGCCACCACUUGGCCGAGGUACAACCAAGAAGGGAACUUUGCUUGUCUGAACAUUAGCACUCCCCACACUUCCCUGAUACAUGACUAUCAGAAGGACAAGUGUGACUUUUGGGAUAGAAUGGACGUGUACAACCUGUAGUCAUUUAUGAGGCCCGAUUGACACGACGAAAAUAUUGUUAGACGUACGACAGCAGCACACGAAGAGGUCGUACGCCCGCGAUAUUACGGCGCCUUUCUAAUUCGUUGCUGCGAGUAAAUCGACCCGCUGUGCCGUACGAAAAGCAUCAUUACGUCUAAUCGGGAAGCGGCGGACGACGUACCAUAAGCAUGCCCGUCGUACGACACCGCCGGCCGAUUUACACGUAGUAACAAAAGGCGUCGUACGACCGCGGACGUUUUCGUCCGUACUGUAAAUCACACAACUGCUGCAAUUGUUUUUCUUCGCACGCUCGCAUCAGUUUUGCGGUUCACUAAAGGUGUCAUAUAUAUAAUCGAAUCAACCUCAGCUUUUACGUAAAAGUAGGUCAUCUUGAAAAGGUUCAAAGUUUAAUUCUGUUGACAAGAAUAGACCAGCACUCUAUGUCAAUGAUUGUGUAAAAUAAACACUCAUAGGACUACAGGCACUCUUAAAGCAGAGGUUAAGCUCCGGUUGUUUUUCGACGUUUAUUUUAAGCCGCGACUACAUAAAAAAGAGUACACAAUAACAAAAAACGACUUAAAAAACGUACAAGAAACGGUCGUAGCCUAACCUCGGCUUGGAGAGUAGCUACAGGUACACUAAAUGAGUGUAGGAAUAAAAAUUCAUACGAAUUUGAGGUACAAAGGGCGAUUAAUAAGUUCUCACAUCCUAAAAUCCUACAAUGCUAUAACAGUCUCUGUGCGAUUGACGGAAACCCAAGUUGGUAGAAAUGACUAUAAACUUUACUUCGCUCCUAUUAUUUUCUUCCACUGGUAAGCGCCAAAACGUGUGAAUGCCUGAUCAAGUAACCUGUUCUUUUUCUAAAAGGUCCAACAUGCGGUCCAGCUGAUUUUUUCAGGUCCGGUUUCAAUAAGAAAAACGGCUUUGUACCGGUACACUGUACCGGUACCCACCCCUAGCUAUUACUAUUAAGACGAUUUUUUCUUAUCGCCCUUGACUGUAGUUUAAAUUUUGUAACCUAACUUUUGCCAGACAUUAACGCUGGCAGAUUCUAUCAAGCCAGAGGCUAAGAUCACUUAAUCUGAUCAGACAGUACUUGAG